UUGCUUUUGUGUUGCUUCAGGUUCAUAUCGAGUCUUCUUUCAUUCGUCUUAAUUAGGUAGAUUUCAAAACAAGUGUUGAAACUUAAUCUGUUCGGAAGGCUAGUCCGUCGAUGAAAUGGCACUGUGCAAUACCAAGGACGUAUGAAACAUUCAAAUAUCGUUCGAUUGAUCAAGGACAUGAUCAAAGUAGUUUUGUGGUCGCUGUGCAGUGAUGUGAAUCAACAAAAAAAUUGUUUACAGUAGAAAUCUACGUCUUGCAUUUCCAUACAUAGCCUGAUGUUGCCGUCAGUCAACAAAGAUUCCAAUAAGAGCAUAUUUAUUAUUCCCAGUUCUUGAACUGAAGGUGCUUCUUAUCAGUGAGGUGGUGCGCAGUAGUGCAAUUAAUUGAGAUAUACUAUGAAGUUCGGCAAUCACUGACUGGUCGAGAGAUAUCAGUGCGAAUAACAGGGAUUCAGGAUUUCAUAACACGCAAAAAGGUGUUAACUAUGCGUUGGAUUGUAAACCUAGAGGGUGGUCCAAGGCGAGUUAAUCAUGCGUCCGUCGCUGUGGGAGACUAUAUAUACUCGUUCGGAGGUUAUUGCACAGGCGAGGAUUACCGAUCGACUAGUACCAUUGAUGUUCAUAUAUUGAACUCGAACAACCUACGAUGGACUCUAGCCCCGACGAUGAAGGACGAACAUGGAGUACCGUUGAAAUAUCCAGACGUUCCUUUUCAACGAUACGGUCACAUUGCUGUAGCCUACGAGCAGAAGGUGUACAUAUGGGGCGGAAGAAACGACGAAAUCGUUUGUGAUAUUCUUUUCUGCUAUGAUACGAAAACGUUGAAGUGGAGUAAACCUACUGUGACAGGUACCGUUCCUGGUGCAAGGGAUGGACACUCCGCCUGUAUGUAUGGCCAUCGAAUGUAUAUUUUUGGAGGUUUUGAGGAAAACAUAGAUAAGUUUUCGUGUGACGUGCACUAUUUGGACCUUGAGAAGAUGCAUUGGACUUAUGUUGACACUCAAGGAGAUCCUCCUUCGUACCGCGAUUUUCAUUCCGCCACAAUAGUCAACCAUAAGAUGUUCGUGUUUGGCGGACGAGGGGAUGCUUGGGGCCCAUACCAUUCGCAGGAGGAAAUAUACUGUCCCAAAAUUGUUUGCUUAGAUCUCAGAACGAACCGCUGGGAAAUGCCCAACACUACUGGGGAGGAGCCGCUAGGGAGGAGAAGUCAUUCUGCAUUUGUGUUCAAAAAUCGAAUUUACAUCUUCGGUGGUUACAAUGGCAAUUUGGAUAUACACUUCAACGAUCUCUAUUGUUUCGAACCGGACCGGUACGUGUGGCGACUAGUACGACCAUGGGGACAAUCGCCAAGGGCGAGGCGGAGACAAUCUUGUUUGGUUAUCGGACAGCGAAUGUAUUUGUUUGGAGGAACUUGUCCAUCGCACUUAUCGGAUCCUGCCUCAUACGACUACAGUGACACGCACGUGCUUGAUUUCAAUCCAACAUUACGCACACUCGCCAUGCUCAAAGUACUAGAGUUCAAAUUAGACCACUCUUGUCUGCCAAGAAUUAUCAAGAUCGAAAUUCGAAACAUGACUACGCCCAACAAAAUCAGCCGAUCGUUGGUUAGUGGAUAGAUUCCUGUUGCCUUCGGUAGCUGGCGUUUUGUCGUACUAUGUAAUUUUUGUAGAAGAGCUAAACAAUGGGACGUGUUCGAUUCAGUCGGUAGAUUCAUAUUAUCGAGCAAUUUUGAGUUAAGUGUGAUUAUCUAUAACGAUAAGGAACCAAACCGACAAGCCCAAUCAGCUGUUAAACGGAGUAUUUGUAUGGUUUUAAAAUUUUUAUUUAGUUUGUACAUACGAGCUGUGUAUUUUCAUCAAGUAAAUUAAAUGGCUGUUCGAAAUGGAAA